AUGGCGAAUCAAGCGAAGCGAUGUUUGCAUCAUUGGCCUACAAGAACGCUGUGUGUUUUUCUUCUGAUUCUUCAGGCAGUUUGCAUGAACUGGUAUCUGAUGAGCAACCUUUCCAACACGUGGGCAGCGAUCUACAGCGCAGAUGCUGUUGUCAUAGCAUUAUUUGCUCUUUCUUUUAUGAUGGCCUCGAGAAACAUGAAUAUAGAAAAACAUUCUCAAAGUCUUACAUUUUCUGAUGUUAAACACUUACCGUUGACGUAUAUAGCUUGGUUAGUGUAUACAGUUAUUAUGGAUGUUAAGAUCAUUGUCAUAUUUAGUACAUUUUCCACAGAUUUGGACGAAGAUUCUUUCUUCGGACCGAAUACAUUGAAAACAACUAUAGCUCUGACAGGAAUUGUGUUUAUAACAUAUUUACCUACAUUAAAUGAUGUACAACAUGGGCACCGGAAAGAUAUCAUUAUAACCCUCACAUCGACUGUUGUAUUCGAUAUUCUCGAUGGUGUCGACAAUCUUGAAAACUUGCUCGAGAAAGACAUUCGUGACACAUACCCGCCAGGUCUUGACGACGCCAUUAUUGCUGUUUGUUGCAUCAACUUCCUAUUACCCACAGUUCCGUUGUUCACGCUCGCGAAAACAAAGUUCGGCAUAAAGAAACUACCAUUUAAAUUGGAAUUGUUACAUAAAUUUGCUAUAGCUUACCUUAUAAACUUACCUCUGUUUAUUACUCGAAUGAUCACGUGGCAUGGUCUGUCUCAAGGUAUUUCUAUUUUCCUCCUGAAGAAUAUAAUGGCGAUGGGUGUUGUGACAUUUGAAGUGUGUGAAAAGCUCGUCUUCUCAAAGAAAAGUCAUGAAAGAAAAGGAUCGGACGAUCAACAUGAAGCAGCCUCUUCUUUGUAG